CAUGGGCGACCCACGUUAACGUGGCAGCGUCUCCCAAGAUCCCCGCUUCCUCUUAACUCCUGAAAGCAGCAGUGGGCGUACACCGGCCAAACUCUCUGUGCCCAAUGGCAGAGCCGCGAAUCCGCCGUGCUUAUUGCGUGAGCUAAGGAACGCGGUACUGGGGAUGAUGAUGAUCGGGAGAGCCUGCGGGGGAUGGAGACGGCCUUUCGCCUAAACUUGCGACUAACUUGCCGCUUCUCGAGUUCUUCGUUGCCGUGGUGGUUGUUGCUGUGGUUGUGAGCGGUUAGCGCUGGUGGUUGCUGUUAGUGGGAGUCGCUGCUGCUGCUGUUGCUGGCAGGAGAAUGUUGGGGAUGUACGUGCCCGAGCGAUUCUCGCUCAAGCCGUCACACGUGCAGCAAGGCAUAGGCUUGUACACAGCUCGCCGGGUCACCAAGGGGGAGAAAUUUGGUCCGUUUGCCGGCGAGAAGCGGCUCCCGAACGAGAUGGAUGACAGCAAGGACCCUCGGCUCAUGUGGGAGGUGAGGAGCGUGGAUGGGGAGACCCUGUUCGUGCUCGAUGCCAGCAACCCCCGUCACGCGAACUGGCUGCGCUUCGUGCAUCAGGCCCCGACGCAAGACCAGAAGAACCUUGCCGCCAUUCAGGAGGGAGAGAACAUUUUCUACUUGGCUGUGGAUGAAAUAGAGACCGACGAGGAGCUUCUGAUUGGUUACCUGGACAGCGACACUGAGGAGGGGGAGGAGCUGCGCGACGAAGAGCCAAUCAGGAGAGAGGAAGAGGAACGGCUCAAAGAGCCUUUGGAAAGAGGCCCGGGCUGCCACGCGUGCCCGCAGUGCGAGAGCAGCUUCCCCAGCGCCAGCGUCCUGGCCGAGCACGUGCAGACGCUGCACCAGCGCGGCCCCGAGGAGAAGGACUUCCGCUGCCGCAGCUGCGGCAAGCGCUUCCCCGUCAAGCAGGCGCUCCAGCGGCAUGUGCUGCAGUGCAUGGAGAAAGCCGUUCUGCCCGGGGAGCAGCCGGGAGGCUUCCAGUGCGGAGUGUGCAGUGCCUCAUUUGUCUCCGAGUGCAGCUUGGAGCAGCACAGGGAGGCGUGCCGGAGGGAUGCACGCUUCGUGUGUAAGGCCGAGCGCUGCGGGAAGCGCUUCAAAAGCAAGGACACGCUCAAGAAGCACAAGCAGAACGUGCACCUGGGGAGCUCUCGCAAGAGACCGGCCUGCAACAUCUGCAACAAGAAGUUUUCCUCUUCAGAUAUUCUUAUGGAGCACAGGAAGGUCCAUGAGAUUUUCGACUGCCAAGAUUGCGACAAAAAGUUCAUUUCGGCCAAUCAGCUGCGUCGGCACAUGAUCACGCACUCAGAGAAGCGGCCGUUCAGCUGCGAGGUGUGCGGCAAGUCCUUCAAGCGGCUGGACCAGGUGGCAUCGCACAAGGUGAUCCACAGCGUCGACAAGCCCUACACCUGCAAGCUCUGUGGCAAGGGAUUCGCACACCGCAACGUCUACAAGAACCACAAGAAGACGCAUUCGGAGGAGCGGCCCUUCCAGUGCGAGGAAUGCAAGGCCCUCUUCCGCACGCCCUUCUCCCUGCAGCGGCAUCUUCUCAUCCACAACAACGAACGGACGUUCAAGUGCGAGCAGUGCGACGCCACGUUCAAGCGCAAGGACACGCUCAACGUGCACAUCCAGGUGGUGCACGACGGCCACAAGAAGUACAAGUGCGACCUGUGCGACAAGGCCUUCGUCACGCCCUCCGUGCUCAAGAGCCACAAGAAGACGCACACGGGAGAGAAGGAGAAGAUUUGUCCGUACUGCGGGCAGAAGUUUGCGAGCAACGGGACUCUGCGUGUGCACAUCCGCAGCCACACCGGUGAGCGUCCGUACCAGUGCCAGUACUGCGACAAGGCGUUCAGCAAAAACGACGGGCUCAAGAUGCACAUCCGAACACACACCCGGGAGAAGCCGUAUCAGUGCUCCGAGUGCAACAAGGCCUUCAGCCAGAAGCGAGGGUUGGACGAGCACAUGAGAACCCACACGGGGGAGAAGCCCUUCCAGUGCGACGUGUGCGACCUGUCCUUCAGCCUCAAGAAGAUGCUCAUCCGCCACAAGCUCACGCACAACCCCAACCGGCCCAUGGCCGAGUGCCGCCUGUGCCACAAGAAGUUCACGCGCAACGACUACCUGAAGGUGCACAUGGAGAACGUGCACGGGGAGACGGAGUGACCGCGGGGUGGGGUGGGGGGCCCCCCACGCGCGAUCGUCGCCCCCCCCCUCGCCCCCUUUCCCCCACACUCUCGGCGCCGAUUGAGCGAGGCCGCACACGCGGACCGCGCCGCGUCCGCCGGCUCAAACUGAACGCGAGGAGGCGGUGGCGGUCCCCGCGCCCGGUGGCGUCGGUGGUUUUUUUUUUUUUGGGGGGGGGGGUUUUGUUGUUGGGUCGAGGUUGCCGAGCACGUGGCCGAAGGUCCAAAAAUCGCCGAGCGGCCAGCCGCAAAACGAACGGCACUGUCGGAGGUGUUGAUGGACGAGUGAAGGCGUUCAUUGAACUGAGAGCAAGGUUUUGAGAACCGGGAGAAGAGAAGAUGGGAGGGAUUUCCAAAGUGGAGCAGUGCACGGGCAACACAAACAAGCUGGCAUUCGGAUGUCCUCGUGCAAGGAAUAAAAUGGGACCCGUUGCCCGCUGCCUUCCCUCCCUCUUCAUGGCCCGGCGCCUGGGCACCUCCUGCCCCGUGGGCCCUGGUGCAGUUGCACCGAGCGUUGUCGCCUCUGAGAUACUCAAAACCGGGACAUGUCAUGGGAAGAAACAAGAAUAUCUCACAACAGCAACGGAGGGGAAAACGCCACGUGAAUGCAUUGUCUUGAGCGGUAUUUUAUGAUGCGAAUGACCAAAACCAGGACUUUUAAAGUCCCGGGAAGGCUUCGAGUUUCCCCAGGACAAGCUACCUCCUCAGAAAACCAGGACAGCCGGCAAACCCCAGUUGCACCGCAUGGUCACACGGUAGCUAUGCCACUGCCCGCACGCAUCUUUGGGUCUCUGUUGCGCUUGGCAUGAGGGAUGGCGGUACGCGUGCCCACAUGUGGUACACGUGCAGUGUCAUUAAAUUUACAUGCAAUUAUAUUUCUAGUUUCGCCAAUGCCAUUCUUUUUCAGAAAAUAACAAAAAAAAUAUAUUAUUUUUGCGCAGUGGUGCAGGUAUUCGCGCACUGUGCUAUGAACCCAGUUCGAUUCCAGGGGCCAAGCCUAACAUCAAUGGCCAGUGAUGUCAGAAUCGAUGUUGGGCACUCCCUUUCACGAACGUGCGCUGACCAGCGUGGCGAAGUAUAGUCAUAAAACCUCCAUGACUGGCAUGAUGUGGGGGCGGCCCUCAUCCAGGAGGGGAUUGAUAGAGCGCCGUAAGUUAUUUGUUUUUGCGCUGGUGACUUGAGUUGAGACCAAGAAUUCAAUUUACUUGAACACCUGGAUACCAGGCCAGGAUAUCAGCAGUAUAAAACAUUAGUAAGCGUUGGCUCAGCACUCUGCCACGUUUUCAUUCCCCUCUCCCCCCCCCCCCCUGUUCCACCUGCUGUGUUGUCGGACGGAAUUUAGAAACCAUCGGGAUGGAGGGCUUUUUGUGGAGAUUAACUUUACAAUGAAAAACAAGCAUUCCAAUGUGUCUGAAGAUGGGGAAAGGUGUUUUGUUUAUUUUGGUUAUAAUCAUUUGAGAACUCAAGGGACCAGGAUGAGUCUCAUUUCCAAAAGUGGCAUGGGGGCAUUAAUCUGCCAUUUGAGAGAGCAAUGAAUGCUGUGCACAGUUAGGUAAUCUGUGGGCACUUUUCGAAUUAGUCAGAAUUUGGACAGUUUUUAGUUGGUGUAUAUUUGCCGGGCGAUAUGUAUUAGAUCAGAAAGGUAGACACUGACAGAGAAAAUGGAACGAGAGUUGAAAGAGUUGCGCAAAGAUACGUGGAGCGUGGAGAGGAUGCGUACUCGGAAUUACACUGAGAGAUGGAUAGAUUGGAGGCUUCAUAUUGAACGUUGAGGAAAGUCAGUGGGCUUGGGUGGGAUGCAUCGCGAAGCAGGGAUGUUGGCCAAUGGACGAGACUGGUGCUGGAACAGCAGCUAAAGAAUCGAACACACUCGAGAGGAUGGUCACCUUGGAGAUGGAGGAAAAAAAUAUCAGCUCAUUUUCUAGUGAGAUUGUCUGUUACAUCGUGGGAAUGCGAAGGAUGGUGGUGGAUUGGGGAGGCCUUCAUCCAGCAAUGGACCGACAAUGGCUGGUGUUGAUGAUGUAAAUAUUUAAACAUUCUUGCCUCGUGGCCCUCGUGGUCAGAGAGCAUGGCUUCUAAUCAAAAGGUAGAUGAUUAAAUCUCAGUCAGGGGUUAACUCAGCUGAUAAUCCCUCCAGGUGUGGUAAAAUCAUUCCCACUUAAUGAGAAAUCAACCAUCGUCUUUAAAAUAAACUGACCCUGCCAUGGGAAUGUGCAAUUUCCACCUCUUACUCAGGAUCACCAAUGGAGAUGAGCACCGCUGUGUUGCUGCGUUGAAUGGGAAUCUAUAUUGACGUUUUGACGGUUACAAGAGUUAGCAUGGCUGGACUCACCACUCUGAGGCACCAAGUUUAGAUUCCCAGUCAAGGUGGGCGAUGCACUCUCCAUCCACCCGGUAGCAAAAAUUGGAAGCACUUCAGCACGUGUGGGUAAUUGAUAACCUUAAAUCUCCCGACCUUUCUGGCCAGCAAAGACGACGAAACUUCCUUUAAUAAGGGAGGGUGGUGGUGGUGGAGGCUCUAUGAGUAUCGUUCUAAGCAAGAAGUAUGCGCUUAGAUAAUUAAAAACAAAUGCGUGUUACUGCAUUGGCAGCGGUGCACAUGCACAAACAACACAUUUGUCAAUAACACUGUGGCCCUGAAGAGGGAAAACAAAAUAAGCACCGCGUUGGCCAAUUGCCCUCCUGCACAGCAGAGAGAUGGUUAUUGAACUCAAACUCUCUCGCGCGCACGUCUUUCUCGUGUGGCGCAUGUGAACGUUGAGCGACGACUAUUGUUUUACACGGAUGUGGUUCAUAUUCUUGGUUCUUUCGGUAAAGUCAUGUAGAAGGGAAACAAUAAAAUAAUGAAAAAUAUAAAACAAUAAAAUUCUCACGACGUUUCGACUGCAACACAAGCAAUCAUCAUCAGGUGUGAAAACCACAGCAAGAAAAUUUGAAACAAGUGGCGGUUUCUUUUUAACGUUGCUCCACGGAGAUGUGAUUUGGCAGUUAUUCAGAUGGACGAGUCCAUCUAUGUUCGGAAAAGAGGAGGGGGGA